AUGGUGAACUCUAGGAACGACACCAUUACCUCAGCUGCCCGUUUUCCAAAAAUCGGACUUCCCACAUUCUCGGGAGAUUACCUAGAAUGGACUCCAUUCCGCGAUAUAUUCCUGCCCUUAGUUCACAACAACGCAGCUCUAACCGAGGUUCAAAAGUAUUUCUAUUUAAAAGGUUCCUGCACGGGUACUCCACAGGAAAUGGUAGAUGAGUAUCCCGCAGCUGACGCCAGCUAUGCACUUGCAUGGUCCGCCUUAAGUUUGUUGAAGGAGAUGAUGCGACGAAAAUGGUUAUAUCCGUUGGUCGUGAACAUAAAAGUAAAGUACAGAACAAACAACGACGACUGCUUCAUGCAAAUACAACAUCUACAGAUUCUACUUCAGCAAACUCCAUCUGCCCCUGUUUCAGAAGCAUCAUCAGUUGUACAAAUGCUUCAAGUUUGCGGCGCUCGCGGCAGCUGA